AUGAACGUCUUCAAGAACGGUCUCCAGGUAAAUCAGAACCGGAGUUUGGAUUUACCAGCCACCUCCACUUUGAGCGCUCCCGUUAACUCCAGUUUACGACAGCUCUCCAACUCCGUACACGAUCUUCGCUCCCUCGACGGUGCUCAGAGAUCUACUGAAAUGGAUAUGAGUAGCAAUCGGAGAGCGCUCUAUCGGGCUCGUAAAAAUCGACGUCUCGACGACAAUGUUCUACUACGGCCCCACUCAGUGGCAGAUCAACGGUAUUUGAAGAACUCCUCGUCAGACAGUAUGACAGAUGGGCCGUCACCCUCCAAAAAUCGGCUGUCAGUGCCCCUCAACCUCGGUGUCAAUAGCACUAUGAGCCAAACCCGCUCGAACAGUAGUCACUGUUCCAUGGAAUGCCUUGAUGGGUCGAGCAUAAAGCCGCCAGAACCGCUUCAGGGUGUCCUUUCAAAGAGUCGAAAAUGGCCCAUGAAGGGUUGGCAUGAGCGAUUCUUCGUCCUCUCCAAUGGCUGCCUUUCCUAUGCCAAGAAUCAAAGUUUACUGGCUCGUGGAAGAAACAAGACCCAAAUUGACCUUGCGAAUACCUUUGUAAGCUCGGAAUCGGAUAAAUUGCAGAUUACCAUCGAUGCAACCGCCGUGGCCUACCACCUUAAGUUUGAAGAUGGCGCCAAAUUCCGUCAAUGGUUGACAGCCAUAAAGGAGCAUCGAAGUUACGACCAGUAUCAAAGCGCCAUCACUUCUUCGGCUCGAUCGAACGCCAAUCCGAAUGUGUCCAGCACCGCCUCAAACCUCUGUGGAGAGGGGACGAUUUGCAACAACAAUUUCACCACAUCGCUGAGCACACCGGACGUUGGACAGGUGUUAGUGCGACCGAGUAACCUCAAUCGUGUCAGUGGCCCAUGGGCUGGUCAAACGAAGGGGAACAAGCAAACCAACAGACUGUCCAAUGAGCCCAUCGCAGCGAUGGAAAAGUUGGUAGGGAAGUUGGAAAACGCCUACCAAGAACUUGCAAGAGCUCAAAGCUUGGUUUUGGGGUCAAACAUUCUCGAGAAUGAUUGCGCAGAAACAGAGAAUUCCAGUCCAAGCCGGAGUGUCUUCUUCUCCCCAGAGCCCUUCAUCGUCUUGGAAAGUCAAUCCUCUUCUACAAUACAAGGUCACAGGCGACUCAGCUCCGGCUCCUCUGCGACCAGUAUGUACACGGCGGUUCAAGAACCUGCAACAGAAGCGGUUGACCUCAAAUCCACCAAUCAAAAUCAAGACAGCAUAUCAACUGACUUUGUCAGGGCGGUAGUGAAGUUUUCCGAUGAGGCAAAGCGGUUUAUUGAGGAGGCGAAUGAAGGUCACACUUGCGACAAUGCAGCAGAUGAAUCAGUUGUGCAACAGCAGACUGACACCAAACAAGGAGCGGAAUCCAAUUCUUUUGGUGAAUGA